AUGAAUCUGAUUUCAUUGUUGUUAUUUGUUGCAUUACUAACGACUCCUUGUUUUUAGAAAUGCAGCUAAAAAGUAGAUUCCCUCACAGUCUAUGCAACAAAGGAUGAAAAAUUGAAUUGGAAUUUGAUGGAUGAAUUCUUUAAUGGAGCAGGGUUGACAUUCUCCUUAAGUGAUAUCUAAUAAAACUAAUUCAAGAUAGUAGAACCAGUUGAAAACACAGGCGGUUCAGCUUUAUAUUCUUAGGCUGCCACUAAGAUUGUAUCAUCAAGAGCACUAAAGUCAAAUAAAUAUUGGGUGAAUUCAUUCGUAUUUUUAAACAAGGGAACGACAUCAAUAACUUUGGGAAUAGCAUACGGAGAGGCAGGUCAGAGCGUGGUAGCUCCAAAGUUUGAUGAGGUUGUGACUUUGAAUACGAUUGAGGACAGUUUGGAUUGUUAUGAUUUAGAAAUUAUAGCUGAUAAAACCUUUAUAGUGGAUUGUUCAAAAAAAGUAAAGGGUGCAAUAAAAAAUGUAUUAUAUUAUGUGAAUGAUGGAGAUUCAUAUGAAUAUUUGAUAGAAGAUGCAUUAGUACAAGCAAACCAUGGGCGUAUGCUAGGUUAAUACAAAGUGAAGGGAUAAGGUGAAAAGGAAUACAGGUAUUUGGUGAGAGCAACUGCAUCAUAUUCAAUGUCUAAAGAUGGUUCUUUGGGUGGAGAUUCGUUGUUGGAGGUGUUCUUAUUGAAUGAUAAGGGUUAGCCAUCUAAUACAGGAUAUGUUUUGGACGGAGUGACUAUGGCUUUGUUGUUGGACAAAUACUAUGAUUUUGAGUUCAAUAUAGUGGAUAUGAAGGUGUUGGAGAAUGGAGAUAUUUAUUUAUUGGAUGCUUAAUAUGACAUAUUCAUAGUGAAUUUCAUUCCGAAUGGCACAUUCUCAUUGAAGAAUUCUAUUGAUACAGGAAUGAGUUUUGCUUAUGCAUUUGAUAGAAACAUCUUCUUGAGAAGGGAUGGGACUUACACUGAGAAUAUUGCUGUAUUAGGUUAUGGAUUUGUUGAAUUAAUUGUAGAUGGUUAAUUACAAUCAGAAUACAAAUUGCCUAUAGGGAUUCAUUAUACAUUCCCAGCUAAUGUUGAUUUAUCUUAAGAAUUCAUAGUUGUCAGACAUGAAGAUGCCACUUAUCUUUUUGAUAUAGAUGCAAAAUCCAAAGACUUAUUACAAUUACAAGUGAUUCCAUAAACUAGUUAUGUUAUGAUUAAUCCAUUCUUGCCAGAUAUUAUAGUGUUGACUUUGGAUACUGCCUACAGAUACACCUUAUCAUAAGGAUAUCUUUAAUACAAGGGUUCUGAGGACGUGUAAGAAAAGAAGAUGAUUGAAGUAAUAGCAACAAGUGUCGACCAAACUUGUAAGGUUCAACUUACAUAUCAGAUUAUCGAGAGUGAUGAUAAACAACUAUACAAAUACAGUGACACCCUCACUCCAUUCCCAAAUCAAGUAACUGAAGAUGCACAACCUUUCUAAUUGAAUGUGCUAACAAGUGGCCCAAAUGAAUAAUACAAACAAAUUGUAGGAAGGAAACAGGAUGGAACUGCUGUGACAGUUUAAUUGAAAACUUAUUGGGAGUUGAAUUUCCCUUAAGAGUUACAAAAAGACCUAUUAUUCCAUGAUGUGUUGGUUGGAACUCAAUCAUCAUAUUUCUAUUUGGCUCAAUAGAAUAAAGAUGGCAAAUUAACUAUUCUCAAGGUUAUUCAUGAUUCGAUCUUCAAUGGUGAUGUUACUUAUGAGAAGGUCUUUGAUAGUGUGAGUAUUGGUACUAAAUUGACUAAAUCAACAUUCUAAAUGUGGGAAUGUGAAUGUCCCAAAUUCCACUUUGCUUAUGUUGAAAAUAGACAAGUUAAUCUUAAAGUAUUCUCUGAUAAUUAAGUCAAAGAUAUUAAAACGAUCCCAUUUGAGAAUGGUCUUAGCAUAUUGUUCUUAAAGAAUUAUCUGUUCCUAUUGUAAAAUGCCAAUGUUCAUGCCUAUACAGAACAUGGAGACUUUGUUAAGUCUGUUGAUUUGGAUUUAUUAGUAGAGUAAGGUUACAAGGGAACAUGGGCACCCAAGAAGAUAUAUGGAAAUAGAAAAAUAAGAGAAAAUCUUAUAUUUGUGGUUCAUCAAGAUCACAUCACGCUAAUUGAUUUUCAUAUCUCAUACACUUUCAUCAAGUAAAUUGCUAUAGAUGAAUCUGAUAAUAUCGAAAUUGCUAUUGGAGCAGAGACCUUUUUCAUAAUCACUAACUAAGUUAUUGAAUAUGAUUUUGAUAGAUUGAACAAUAUUUAUUAGACCAAAACAGUCUAAUUAUAUGAUUUUGAAUUAGUCUAGCCUAUCCUAGGUGAUUUCUGUUCAGACACAGGUUAUCUCUUUGUACUUGCUAAAACUAAGAGUUAAACAAUAAAAGAGGACACUAAUAAGUAUCACCUUUUGGUUAUUCAACCUAAUACACUUUAACAUGAAGCAUUAUUCUAAGCAGUACCCAUAGAUGAACCAUAAUUAAUUUCAACAUAAGGAACUUCAUCUCAAAUGUAUGUCUAUCUCCAAACUAAGACUUCCACUCAUGUCUACGCUAUGUUGACUAAUCCUGUCUUAAUUAUUGAACCUUCUAUCAAUGAUCCAUAAUUCGCAGCAUCAGUUGAUGUUUCUGUCAUGAUCUAUAACUUUGAUGACACACCUUCCAUCACUAUUAAAUAGCCUAUCAAAGUUAUCAAUACAUAGACUAAAUUGUACAUUGAUAAAAAUAAAUUCAAAGCUAGUUCAAUUGAAAUAGAUUCUAAAGACUACGUUAAAAAAGAGAAGAAAUUAGGAAGUGAUUGGUAUAGUGGUCAAAUCUCUCAAUUCCAAAUUAUCUGUGAAUAAUGCAAUAAAGGAAAGUAUGGAGUUCAAAUCACACAAACUGUUGAACUUUCCAAUGUUUAAUUUUACAAACCAUACAAAAUUAGAUCCAUCAAUAACAACAUUGUAUAAGCCAUAGAUGCUCUAAUCUUCUUAAAUGAUGAUGACACUUAACAAGAAAUUGUCCCAUUAGAUUUCCCUACUCAAGAGUAUUCUUGUUUCCAAUCCACUUAAUUAGAUGAUUUGAUCCUCAGUUUAUGUCAUGAUGGAAAUCAAUACACUAUUUAUGCCACCAGCGGUAUUAGUUUGACAGGUUGGUUCCCUCUUGGUGAAGUCCUGAAAUUAAAUGCACAUACCAAAAAGAUUCAACUGCUUCAAAACGACUAUUUAAUUGUCUUGGAUAAUGAAUCAUUUGUUAUUUCUAAACUCAACAUGGAGGAUCAAGACAAUUGGGUUUUGGAUGAAGAAUAUGUAAUCAAUAUAAAUCACAUUCAAAAUAAAUAUGAGGAAUUGUUAACCUUCACACCUAAUGAUUUCCUUAUCACACCAGUCAAUAAGGUUGAUGGUAUUCAAUAUUAUAAAGUGCUUAUUACAAGUGGAGAGGGUAUUUUCUUCUAAGAUUUCUAUUUCUAGAAUUAACAAUUUACUAUAGUGAAUUUAGAAUAUGUUAAUUUAACAACCGAAUUAUAAAAAAUUCAAUAAUAUGCCAUCAGUUCUACUUAAUACUUGUUGGUCAAAGAAUUGUAAUCAUUUAAUGUAAACACAUUAAACGUUUUCAUCCAAACAAACAAUGUAGUCCAUUAUGGUUUGAAGAUUAAAUUUGCCAUCAAGGAAGGAUAAUAAUACUUGGCCUACCAAAGUUUGGAAAGUCAAUUCUUAUUGAAUAGAUAUGGUAAUUGGAAUUCUGUGAGAAACAUAGCUGUGUCAAAGAGUCAUGCUGCAAUUCCAUAUUAAAAUCAAGAUAAGAUUGUAAUAGCCAUAUACCCAAUAGGAGAAUCAACAAAACCAUCCACAUCUAUUGGAAGUUUCAGUUUCACACAAGAUGCUUCUACAUUUAACCCAUUGGAUUUUGGGUUAUUCUUUAGGAAUGAUAAACUCUAUGCCAAUUCACCUUCUAGUGAUACACAAUAAUAUUAGAUUAAUGCAGAACCUUCUUUAAUUUUCACCUAAACGGUUGAUAAUCCAUUGAAAUCAGAGAAAGUAGACAUAAAAGUCAGGAAUGAUUUCAGUUAAUCUCAGAUUGAUUUUGAUUUGAAGAUUAUUGUAAAUCCAGAUCCCCCUGGUCCUGGUCCAGAUCCUCCUGGUCCUGAACCUGAAAAAAGUUCAAAAUUGUGGUGGAUCAUUUUGAUUAUUGUGGGUGGCUUAUUGAUAGCUGGAUUUAUUGGGUUUAUUAUUUAUAGGGCAAAAAAUAAGGCUGUUGAAGAUGAAUACAAUGUCGUUGCUUGA